AUGAGAGCUACAGGUGUCGUAUAUCAAUUAUCAAAACAAAGCGGUGGUAGAAUUGGGGUGAGAGCUGGACUACUGGGUUUCACUCUGGGUGUUGUAGGAGCGUCCAUAUUAGCAAUUAAGGUGGUAGACCACGAAAGACAGGAGAUGGAAUGGUCAGAGAGUAUAUUAAACUUAACACGAUCUGUUAGGAAGCUUGAAACGCAUGUAAAGUCGCUUGAGCAGCAGUAUGAACGUAAAGACGGGCACUAG